AUGGAGUUCAAUCCAUCGGAAUAUGUUCAAGAAAAUGCGGCCGCCACCGCCACCACCACCACCAGAGUCCGUAGCGCUGCCACAGCUGCCGUUGCUGUCGUGAGACAUCCAUUUCAAAUUAUGACCACCACCCUCCUCAGCCUCCUCCUUCCCCUGUCAUUCCUCCUCCUCGCCCGCCUCGCCUCCGCCCACUACCUCCUAUCCGUCUCCGAGGACUACCCCCGCCGCCCCCGCGUCUCAUCCCUCACCAAUGCAGUCACCGGAAAAACCACCUUCCUCAGCCGGUCUCCGGCAGAGCCCCUGACACCAGCGCGGCUGUACGUUGCAUGGCUGUUUCUCGUGGUCCUGCAACUCUGCGUGGGAGUUGGGAUCGAAGGCAGCAUCGCUGCCAGCGUCGAGGGCUCGAAUUUCGGGCAGGACGGCAGCUUUAUAUGCAGGCUGGUCUUCUUUUUUGGGCUGCAUGAAAUAAUGCUGUUUUGGUGGCGGACGGUGGUGAAGCCGGUGGUGGACGACACGAUAUUCGGGGGGUGGAGGGCAGAGGGGUGGGUGGAGAAGGCGGUGGUGGGGCUGAGCUACGGGGGACUGUGGUGGUGGAGGCUGAGGGAGGAGGUGGAGGCGCUGGUGAUGGUGGCGGAGGUGAAGAGGGAGAUGAUGCUGAUGGGGGUUGGGGUGGUGGAUUUCCUUGGCUUUUGGUUGUAUUACGUGACUGUGACGGUCGGAAUGGUUAGGAUGGUCAGAGCCUUGGUUUCGACGGUCGCGAUCUUGGUACGUAGGCGAGAGAGCCGGCCUAAUGACGAGAAGGUUUGA